AUGGCUAGCCCUCCUGUGCUGGCUUUCGAUGCUGAGGGCCGCCCAGUGAAGUUCAAAACCUGGCUAGACGACCUACACCUCUUCCUACAGCUCACUGCCAAGGAGGACAUCUCACUGUACAAUCACGCCCUAGGCCAUGCUCCUGCUCCUGCUGCUACUGCUGACAGCACUGCCCGCUCACAGUGGCAGACUCGUGACGCCCACGCUCGCUUCGCUAUUCGCAACUCCCUGCCGAUAGAUGAGCGCGAGCACUUUGGGCAGCACAAGACUGCACAGGCACUGUACACUGCUGUCGUUGCCCGCUACUCCUCACCGGCCUCUGCCGCACUAGGCCGUCUCUCUCUUCCCUACCUGUUCCCCGACUUAGCCUCUUUCCACACAGUCGCUGACCUCAUUACGCACCUCCGCACUAGUGAGGCUCGCUUCCGCGCCGCCAUGCCUGAUGAGUUCCUUGCCAAGAACCCACCCCCACUCUGGCUCACUCUCUACCACCUAGUCACCCGCCUCCCUGACACUCUGCGCUCAGUCAGGGACCACUUCCUAGCUCGCUGCCCCACUGAGCUCACCAUUGCCCUCCUCGAGAAGGAACUCCUUGCAGCUGAGGCUAGCAUACUCGCUGUAGGUCGAGACUGCGUUUGCUUCGAGCAGGCGCCGCAGCGGCAAGGGCAAAGGGGGCAGGGCGGUGGCGGUGACAGCGGGGAGGCGGUGGUGGGGGCGGUGGCGGCGGUGGGGGUGGUGGCGCGACUGGAGGGGCUAGUGGCAGCGGUGGGGGUGGUGGUGGCAGCGGCGGGGGAGGUGGCAGGGGCGGAGGCGGUGGUGGGGGUGGCGGUGGACGCGGCGGCGGCAGGGGUUGGGGUGGUCGAGGAGGUGGCGGCGGCGGUGGUGGUCGUGGAGGCGCUGGCGGUGGCCAGGGCCAGCAGCACACUCCGUCGCCCCAGGAGGUCCUGCCCUUGA